AUGUCCAAAAAGGAGGAAAAGGCCCAGCUCAAGGAAUCACAAUCUCUCCUCGAGUUCUACAAGUUGCACAAGGACACGAUAGCGUCCUGCACACUUGGCGCCUUUUGCAUUACCCUUGAUCGGCCUACCACUCGAAACCUCCGAGAAAUGCUCGUCAUUCAAGUUGUACCAAACCCGGCGUCCACACGCCCUGAGACGGCUUUUCGAGUAACAGAUGCAAAGAUCAUGUCGCUGGAUUCACCAGAAACCAUCGAACACUUUGGUCAAAGCCAGUGCGAGCAUUUUCGGAAGUACCUGGUAGAGGUUGCAAAGAUGAAUGAACGGGUAGGCAAUAUUGGCGGUUUCAUGGUAGUCUUGGAGACGAACUCUAUCAAAUAUUAUGAGCCCGUCUCCUUCAAACGACCGCCAGUGUUGUUGCCAUCUUCGAACCCGGAUGACAUUCCUCUGCGUUUAACUUGGAGGCAGAGCUUGAUACGAACUUUGAACAGCGUAAUGCCAUGUUCUUUUGACGCUUCUGGCAAUUUGGUGAUCAUGUUGGGUGGUGGGCAUGUGUUGCUCGUCGUCGUGAAGACACAGAUUCCCGAAACGGGAAAUAACAAAAAAAUGGAGACGAAAGGGAGAGAUUAUCGUUUCUUGCAAACCACAAGUUCAUCCUACGAACGUGGUACGGCAAAAUUGAUUUUUCGAGGUGGCCACAUUCUCCUGUGUUUGACUGCUUUUGCGACGGGAGAAGGAAAGAUGUCAUAA